AUGCGGAUACUCUUCCGAAUCUUAAAAUUGGUGCUCAUACUCGGGUCCUCUUCCAGGGGUUUACAGGCGACCGCGAAUGUGAAAGAAUCGUUAGCAUGGGGUACCAAGGUUGUAGGCGGUGUAAAGCCGGGUGUGGAAGGUGAACACCUUGGAUUGCCUGUCUUUCCAUCAGUCCAAGUGGCACAAGAGAAGCUGAAGCCAGAUGCAACUGCCAUCUACGUGCCAGGGCCGCAAACAGCACAGGCCAUUGAAGAGGCUAUCGCAGCAGAGAUUCCUCUCAUAGUCGCCGUAGCAGAGCAUGUUCCUGUUCAUGAUAUGCUUCGAAUACACGCAAUGCUUCAAACCCAAUCAAAAUCUCGUUUGGUCGGCGCAAACUGCCCUGGUAUCAUUUCCGCUAUUGGGAGAUGUAGAAUUGGGUUCCAACCUCUUUCAUGUUUCGCGCCGGGGCAUAUUGGAAUUGUCGCCAAGUCUGGUACUCUUGGUUACGAGACCGUUGCGGCAACGACACGAGCAGGAUUGGGUCAGAGUCUUUGUAUAGGCGUGGGAGGGGAUAUUGUAGCUGGUACAAGCUUUGUUGAUGCACUGAACCUUUUCGAGCAUGACGAAGAGACCCAUGGAAUCAUAAUUGUUGGAGAAAUCGGAGGAUCAGCAGAAAUUGCAGCUGCAGAGUGGAUUUUCGACUAUCGAAGACGCACUGCAGACCCAAAACCUAUCAUGGCGGUAGUCGGCGGAAUUUAUGCUCCACCUGGGCGGGUCAUGGGCCAUGCAGGCGCAUGGGCUGGUCUGGGGGAUCCCGAUGCACAAACCAAGAUCAGAGCUUUACAAAAUGCAGGCGCCGUCAUGGUAGACCACCCAGAGAAAUUCGGGGAAGGGAUGAGAACGUUGUUGACCAAUGUGGGCGGACGGCCCGCAUUUCAGGCCGCCCCGGUUGCGGUUGCAGCACAGCAGAGGGGAUUCCACACUUUGCGUCGACCAACCAUACGACGGCAACAUAUCAUGCCACAACGCAGAACCCUUUACCUCACACAAUCCCAGUCAUUUGAUUUGCUAGGGGAAAAAGGGGUCGCGAUUGGUGAAUCGAACAAACGUUCUGAUUUCUUUUUUGGAAUUUCUAUAGAUCGGAACUCACGUUCACCAUGCAUUAUUGCUUCUCCCACCACUAAUCCGGCAACUUUUCUCUCUCGAUCUAGGAAAUUCCCAUUUACAUAUGGCAAGACGCAUUUCACUGCCAAUCAGGCCAAUAUCCGAGCGGUUGCCAGCUACCUCGGCCUUGGAGAGAUAUCUCUAGAACCUCUUGCGAAGUUCGCACAGACUUUGCUUGAUAUUUUUAUAAACAAGGAGGCUCUUCUGCUAGAAACAAAAGUCUCCAGGAGGAGCGAUGGUAGUUUUCGGGUUACCGAGGCCCGAUUCGGCUUCGAUGAUGCCGCAUACAAAAGUUCGAAGAGACAGGAAGAUAUCCACAAACUCCGAAAUAUGGCGCAAGAGGUUCCGGAAGAAGUUGAAGCUGAGAAAGAGGGAAUUGUCUAUGUCAAGAUAUUUAGACUUCCUGGAGAGGGAAGCAUCGGUACACUUGUUAACGGUGCCGGCCUCGCCAUGAACACCGUCGACGCUCUGACUCUUCACGGCGGCCACUGCGCCAACUUCCUCGACACCGGCGGAAAAGCAACGUCCGAGACGGUAAAGUCGUCAUUCCAAAUCGUCCUCUCCGAUCCUCGCGUGAAAACCAUCUUCGUCAACAUUUUUGGCGGCCUGACUCUCUGCGACAUGAUCGCUAACGGAAUCAUCAUGGCGUUCCGCGAUUUGGAUAUGAAGGUACCUGUUGUUGUUCGCCUGCGUGGUACCAAUGAGGAACUUGGGCAGAAGAUGAUUGCCGACAGCGGGCUCCCGCUACAUGCCUUCGACUCGUUUGAGGAAGCUGCAAGCAAGGUUAUUAGCCUUUCUCGCUAAAUCAGGGGACCCUGAAUUUCCAAUUCCGGGCAAUAAAUGCGAUGUUAAGUACAUGUGCAUUGUAGUUCCGGCUAUCUUCAGCUAUUAGAUCGCCUCGAUGUUUCGUUGCUUGUUUCUCCAUAUAUAUGCCGAUUAUGUAUCCUUACAAUAUUACUUGAUGUUUAUGAUAUCUCCGUUUUGGUUUGGGUGAAGGUUUUUCUUUUUAUAUUUCCUGCCAAACACUUUAUGAAUGCUUUUCUUGUUUGUUCGUUACUCAGUGGUCCAUAUAGGGGAGCGAAAUGUAUAUGAUAAAAGUUUAAACCAACGUAAUGAAAUAAUAUAUAUAAUACAGCAUGGCAGGCUAAAAAAGAU